GUGAGCGUCAGUGGCCGUCCAGCUGUGGUGAUGAACCGCUGCUGGAGAUGGAGGAGAGAGAGGUGUUACAGCGGCAGAUCCAGCUCCUCUCCGCUCUUAUAACAAACCAUAAGAAUGUCCAUGGUGAUGUGCCUGCAAGUACUGAACCUAAUAAUCUACACAUGCAAGGGCUAUGGACUAGUAGCAAUCAUAAAUACACAUCUGUCAACUCAAAGAACUUUUCAGCAGGUUCAGAAACUUGCAGUUCAUGGCGGACAAAGUACUCGCUGGUCAAUAAGAAACCCAUCAACACGUGUAGUGAGACACCUGCUCGUGAAUCUCGAAGUGAGAUAAUGCCUACUAUUAGUCGUAAGUUAAGCACUAUCAACAAAUAUGUGGUUGGGACAAGUGGAUCAGAAGCAGGCAAUUUAAGGGGCAAGUCUUCCAGAUUAGUUCAAACAAGUCCAAAAGCACAGUCUUUACUGGCUCUGAAUUCUGAGUUAGAAUUGAAAAACAAUAAGCUGUUGGCACUGAAGGAGAAGUUGCACAAAGUGAAAAUGGCAAGGAGGAUGGACAGACUAGGUGCCGUUACAUCUCUCUCUGCAGAAAGGCCUACACUGAAAAGUACAAAGAAACAGGACGAAGAAGGACAAGUGCUGAAAACAGAAGAACAAAUUCGUAUUGAAGUAACAGGAAAAACUAAGAUGAAGAUUCCUCUCAGCUGUCGCAGAGCAAAGCACGGAUUGACAGAGAUCCAACGUGUUGAGUCAAGUAACAGUACUAGUUCAAGUCCAGAGGCAUCAAUAUGCAAACUUCCAAAAACUUCUGUGAAGGGUAUGAUUCACUGCAUGGAUGGUGAUAGUGCAGGUGGAUUUGUGGGUAAAUUCCAGCAAGUUGUUGAGUUAAGUGAUAAUGCCCACGCUGGUCCUGAAUCAUCAACAGGCAAGUCACAGAAAACAUCCCUUUUGCAUAAAAUUGCUGAGUUGGACAAACGAGCCAAGAAUGAAUGUAUAACUUUGGGAAAACAGCAGAAUGUUUUGAAUUCUGUAGACCAAGUACCCUGCAAUUCCUCCCCAAUUAAAAAAUCCAAAUAUACAUGGCAAAAGGAAGACAUUGGUACCGAUGCUCGAGGCCAGAAUGAGACUUUGAUGGCAGUGAGGAAGUCAGUUCCAGUUGGUGCUUCCCAGGUUCAAACACAUGUAAUACAAGGCUCUUUGAAAUCAAAAGCCCCACUUACACACAAAGUACUGAAGAAGCAAAGGAGUAACACUCCUGUUUCCAGCAGAGCUUGCAAGGAAAGGAAAGCAAACUAUGUUUGGGUUUCAAACACUGCCAAAUCAAGCCAGGCUUCUAGCCAAACUACACUAAAGUCUGUCUCACCAAAGUUGAUUAAAAAUACCACACGGUCUGUUGCUGUGGGAGAUGAUGGUGUAGCACUCCAUCCAAGCCUGGAGCUCAGAUGUUCAGGAAAGCUGAGAAAGGCCGCGUGCUGUCACAAGAGAGGAGCAUUGUCAAACAAGUACUACUGGAAAGCAGUGGAGACCGUUUCUCCUUCAAAGUCUCUCUAUCAGUGGAUGUCACAGCACUCAUACCUGUCGGAGCCUGCAGUAUAUCAGAUGCGAUCUAUAACGACAAAGAAGCCCGAGUCUGGUGCUGAUAUCCCCAAAAAGACCUCGUGUGGGCCUGGAUCUUUUCAUUACAAAGUGAAAAGCAAAACUAAAAUUAUCAGAAGAGGUGGAAGUUUGUGCUCUCCAACUGAGAAGAGGAUCAGCUUUACUGGACUGCCAAUGGUAAAAAAUCGGUACUUGCUCACCAAGAAGGGCCCCAUGUAUGGAAAGUCCUCCGUAACUCUGAAAAGGACACCUGGGAAAGGACUUGUGCAAAUCAGUAAACACAGGCUGCGGAGGCUACCAUCAUCAGGACUACAUGGAACUUCAAAGCAAGGUCUCACUUCUUCAUCUUCAGUGAGGAGCUCUUCAAAUAACCAAUUGAUCAAUACAAGGUAUAAAAUAGUGAAGAAGAAUGCAGGCUGGAAUAGUACAUUGCCAGGAGCCUCUUGCAGCAUUUCCUGCAAGUCCAAGAAGGUCAACAGCUCUAUCUCUGGUUCAAGGUCACCGCUCCUGAACCGAAUGAGACUGAACAGCAAUUAUAGGUUCCUUCAGCAGAGAUGGAAAAUGAAAGGCAUGCGCUGCAUCGGGGGAGUGCUGUACAGUGUAUCUGCCAACAGGCUUUCAAAAAGCUCUGCCAUUCCUAUCAGAAGUGGAGUCACAAGUGCAAAGAGUACCGUAAAGUCAGUCCGAUUAGAAGGUGAUUUCAAUAGCAGUGGUAUCUACGUGCCCAGCAGUCUGACCAAGGCAGUAGCUCAUCGGUAUAUUGCAAGUCGUGCUGUGCAGCGUAGCCUGGCUAUAAUCAGACUGGCCAAGCAGAAGAAAUCUAAGAAGAAAGAAUACUGCAUGUACUACAACAGAUUUGGAAAGUGUAAUCGAGGGGAUGAUUGUCCCUACAUACACGACCCUGAAAAAGUUGCAGUUUGUACAAGAUUCCUCCGUGGAACAUGCAAAAAAACUGAUGGGACAUGUCCUUUUUCGCACAAAGUUUCAAAAGAUAAGAUGCCAGUUUGCUCUUAUUACCUCCGAGGGAUCUGCAGUAAUAAUAACUGCCCUUACAGCCACGUGUAUGUGUCGAGGAAGGCUGAAGUUUGCCGAGAUUUCGUAAAAGGAUAUUGCCCGUUGGGAGCAAAGUGCAAAAAGAAGCACACACUUGUUUGUCCUGAAUUCUCCAAGACUGGGAGCUGUGCGCAGGGUUCCAAGUGCAAGUUGCAGCACCUACAGCGGAAAAGCCACAAACGAAAACACACUUCUGAUGCAAGUCAGGCUGGAGUGGAAGAGGAGGGUUCGGCUUUAAAGCAAGUUAAGCUCAUAGAUAACAAAGAAAGAGAGAUGGAGAAGACUGUGAAGCAAGUAUUCUCAGAGAGAGGAGCUAAUGUUUCUGUCAUCACUGAAGAAUCGAAGACCAAUAGCAGUAACCAGGAUUGGUUGCCAGCAUUCAUUGCUCUUCAUUCAUCCACAUCUUCUGAAGAAAAAGCAGAUUCUGAAGUAGAAGUAAGAGCUGGUGAAACACUGGGGAAACCAAUUCAGAUCAAACCCAGAUUUUGACUGACUUCUGCUGAUGUUCCAUUGCAAAACCAUAGUAACAUUAACCAAGUAGCAGAAAGAGGACUUGCUUGGAAUAGUUUAUUCACCUUGAACUGUUUGAACAGCAAGCAGAAGAGACAUUUCCGGCUAUUGUUUUGCACAAUCAUUUUCUGUCGUGCGUUCUUGUCCCUCUGCUGUAAGAACCCAGAUUACGGCCUUAUAAGAAAAUCUAUCGGGACAUUGCAAUUACAAAUUAGCAGUGUUUGCUAUUCAUCUACAUCUACCAUUCGAGGGAAAUAAGUCAUUUACGCAAUGAUUCUAGUAAGAAUCAACUGCUUAGUUUCUGAGUGUCAAGGAUGUCUUUCAGGUUUGAUUUUUUUCUCUCAAAACAGUGGAGCAACAUUUAAAAAUUGUGGGUUUUAUAUUGUUGUAGAUUCUGAAUUUGUUCAAACAAAAGCUCAGC